AUGGAUAACUGGACCAGCCGCCCUCAAGAUAAGUGGCCACGGCUGACUGGACUCGCGAACCGUGACCGUAGUAGUGUAGAGGAAGCCCAGAUGUCUACAUACGAAAGCCCAUACACGGCCGAGAACCCAGCCUCGUUCUACCAUUAUUCCUUGCAUCCUGACGACCUUGCCACCAGGAGGAGCAUAAGUGUCUACUCACUAAAGGACCCGGAAAAAAAGAAAAAUGGUCGAUUUCCACAAUGUCGGGUGUGUUUCGCAACGAUGCUAUUGGUCAGUCUGGGCGUGGCUAUCGCAGUUGCCGUCACAUUAGCAAUUAUGUUGUCGAACCCACAUCCAAAGUUCUACAGGACCAAAAGUACAGGCAACACAACUCUGAACAAGGAUGUACUGAGAGAGAAAGAGGCGGAUUUUGGUAGUGGUAUUUGUGAAUUGAUGAAUGCCAUGUUUGAUCUCCAAGACAACCCACACCAGUCUACCAAGAUAACAGAAUGCAGCGUGAUUUUGUUAAACAGUCCUGGGAAAAUGGAAAUUAAGAUUAAAUUGAACGCGGAUGAGGCCUUCAUUAAGUCAGAUGCAGACAAAAUUAAGGCGAUGCUGGUAGCAAAUGCGAUCAAUCUCAGUUCGAAUUCUUCUGUGAAGAAACUAGUGGAGGAUGUACCUUCUAACGAUUCCCACAUCUCAGCAACGGCCUCCGACGUCAUUACACUAUCGACAUCCGCACCGUCGUCUGGGCAGAUGACUGUGUCGACCUCUGUUGGAACUUCCUCAUCAUCGGAGGUUAUGUCUUCUGCAGAAGUCGCUUCACCGUCGUAUUCACAACCCGUUUUAGAAUCGGAUUAUGUGCCAGUCAGUCAUAGUGAUAUAUCUACCAUAUCUAGAGUAUCAUCCGCCAUUGUGACGGAGGACUAUUCAACACCAUUUGCGUCAUUUAGUACCCAAACAAUAACAAACGUAACAGAGAUAAGUAGUACCCAAAGAGAAAGUACACCAAUUUCUAUUGGCGACUUGGCAUCCGAUGUAUCUUCCGCUAUACUGACAUCUGCAGAUGCCUCGUUAUCAACUUUUAAGUCGACAUCUACGGUUGAUCAGCUCAGUAGUAGUAUGUCUCAUCAAUAUAGUCAAAUGUCGAGUUACAGUGCAGAACCUGUGAGUUCUCUUUUUGCAGAUACUUCCCAUUCUGUUUUGAAUUCAGUGAUUCUAUCGGAACUAGAAUCCUCAGAACCCUUGAUUACACCUACUUCCACCGUACACCAAGCGUCAGAUAUAAUUAUGACGUCAUUUCCCGGAUACACUACUCAAUUGAAUAGACACAUUUCAUCAUCGAUGAUAUCCUCUGAAUACGGAUCGCACAAAGAGCAAAUGUAUACACAAGCUGUUUCGUAUCCAGAUGUGUCCUAUAGUACAUCUGUUAUAUCAAAUGAAAGGUUAACCCAGAAUAUAGAGGACUCAAUGUUUACUAAAGAAAUAUCCAAAACAUCAAUUGAACCAAACCUAGAAUCUCUCGUGGCAACAAAAGUACAAUUUUCAUCAAACAUUACACCUUCCUCGGAAUUUAAUUCAAUCAUCGGCUCGCAAUUAUCAACGUCUUCUUCGAUUUUACCUUCAUCCGGAGGUAGUCUUGUGCUUCUUCCAUUAAAAAAUAUAUCCGACACAUUAUCUGAAAAUAUUCUGGAAUCCACAAGGAUGAUAACUGAUGUGCCACUUACAUCACAAAUUAUAUCUUCAUCGCAAUUUAGAUCAGUUAUCGCUUCGCAAAUACCUGUAUCCGUCUCACCUUUAUCUCCAUCUGGAGAGAGUAUCUUACCCCUUUCCGCGUCAUCUCAACAGGUGUCGUCUUCUGUUGUAAUGUCAUCUUUUAUAUCGAGCAUCACUUUACAAAACCAAACAGUUGUGCCAGAAUCAGAAUUUCUCAUUGCUCCUUCUGAAAGUGUUUUACCAACGGAUGAGUCCAUGUCCACUGCAAUACUUGGUCCUGCAGUUGUAGUUAAUACUUCUCACUUGACAUCCCUUCGUUCUGUUACUUCCCCACAGAACAUAACAGCAUCUGUAACCGUGACUGUGCAAGCGUCAGAAACUCCAAGGAGACUGAUGAAAUGGUUAGAUACGACUCCGCUGUUGUCAGGAGCGGUCAUGGACAAUUCGUCCACUGCUGUUGAAGUACCGAUGAUGAAUAGCGAUAUUAAUAAAACAUCAGAUAAACCUUCUAUUGAAACGGUACCCGAAUUAAGAACGAACUACACUUUCGAGACUUCCAAGUCACAUGACAAAGCACGAGAGCUCGACAAUGGCAAAGAUUCUGUGAAUGGCACCAGAAAGAAAGUCUCUGUUCCUUUGUUACAACCCGAGGUAAGAGUGCCUGUUGUAAGUACAACCCAGUCUCCUACUACAACUGUACAGGACAUUGGAAGAGCUAUUUUCGAAUCAGACAUAUCAAACAUGGCAAUGGGUACAGCUAAUCCCAAAGACUUUUGGGACAAUAUAUUGAAGAUGGUUCAAUAUACUUCAACUAAGAAACCUAAAUUUCAAAUUCCAGAAAUAGCAACCAGGCAGAAUGUUUCAUCAGAUUCAUACACAAUGUCCGCUCUGAAAGAAGGCGUUUCGUCAUCCUUUGAUCCUGUGACGUCAUCGUCUUUACCAUUGAAUGGUAUUAUGGAUGUUAAUUCAGAAACUGUAUCAACGUCUUCUAUUUUCAACGCAACAGAUUCCCCUGUUUAUGAAUCAAAUGACGAAAAGCUUUCAGUUAACUCGCUGAAGCCAUCCGGCAGUCUUUAUCUAGAAUCAGUAACCUUAUCGUCUGGUGUAUUUGAUAGCUCAUCUUUUCCAUCUUUGAUAACAGCUACCCCCGUUCUAACGGCAGAGCCUGGUUUUAUGUCGUCGGUGAAACGUGGUGUUAGAACCGAACAAAUUAUGGAUACUCCCACAACUACAGUAGAAUCAGAAAUUACCACCUACAUGAUGAACAACAAUUCUUUUUUGUCUACCGACGGAAGAACUGGUGUAGUCAGACUUGCAGACAAAACUGAAAAUGGAGGUAUGUUGUCAAACACGUUAAUUGCUUCAGUCAUUUCAAUGCCUUCCAUGGAAACUGCGACGCAAGUAAUUACAUCUGGAACCCUGUCGAACAAGAAUGAUUUAAUGCAAAACUCAAUGGCAGCGUCUUCUACUAUGCAGAGUCCUGAUUGGUCAAUAUCUAGCCUUUCGUUCACACCCUCUACUUCUGAGUUGACGCCCUCGGAUGACUAUGACUUUUAUGAUCUAUUGCCGGUCUCUGAAGGUGGUCCAUCUUCUUCCGUAGACUCGACUGUUGUAUUGUCUACCAGUACAAUGACCACGGACGGCAUUUAUCCAACAACGUCAUCAUCUCAGCCUCAAAUUACCGAUGAUAUAGACUUUUAUGAUCUAAUGCCAGAGAGUGCGAUGACAUCGUUCAGUGAAAUAAGUUCCAGCAAAAUAGAGUCUGACACGAUAAAAUCGGACUCCCUUAUUACAAGUACAACCAUUUUAGGCGCUAGUUCAUCUGUAGUUAUGGUAGCAUCAGAUACAACAAUAAUUGAUGUUAGCCAAACUGUAGGUAUGGAGGUAUCCGACUCCCACCAGGGAGACAUUAACCCGUCUAAAACAGUAUCAUCAGUACCUUCUAGUCAUAAUGUAGCUAUGGGGUCAUCAUUAUCAAACUCACGUGACGUAGAUCUUAGCUUGUAUGCUAACGUGCAGUCAUCUGUAAGUAUGAAAUCAGGCGCAUUGACGCUAGAUAUUAGCCCAUCAUACACCACGGGAACACUUUCCACUAAUAUGUACUCCAGUUCUUCGUAUGAAAUGGAAUCGUCUAGUUCAGAUAUUGAUGGAAGGACAACGAAUACAUUCGGAAUACAUUCUCAGGCAACUGCUGCUACACCGUCUCUUGCCACAGUUUCACAUACCAUUUCCAGAAGUUCAUCUCAGGCACCUUUUCUCGGAAAAUCGUCGUCAGCAGUAAUCGCUACAUCAUCAGUAAGUGACGUCAGUAAAAGUACCAUAAUGGAACCACCACCUAGCGAACCAGCAGUUUUUAAUCCAGGACCUGACUUCGAGAACAUGCUAUUUUUUGGAAAUGAUUUUUCUAAAAUGGAUUUCACAAGACCAAAUUUCGUGCCUGACGACAAAUCUUCCCUGCUCAACACCGUACCCAUGAUACCAAGGGUGACAACGCCAAAUGUCCUUGGUACACGUGUAAGAGUUCCAGACUUAUUCCAAGGGGAGACAAAUCCAUUUCAAACCGCCCCGACAACCCCUAAGCCGGACGUCACUACUCCAGAAGUUGCAUCGUCGAAUCUUAACACUCAGAGUACAAAUUCUUUGUCAUCUGGGCAAUUUUUGUUUGAUCUAGGUAGUAUAGGAUCAAGUUUUAGAGGAGGUCUAGGUCUCGGUAAUAUUAAUUUUAACUAA